CAGUCCUUGAAAACCGUAUGUACGAUCCGAUGCACAAUAUCUGAACAGACGCCGACAUUUUUCACCAACUUCAUGUUCCCGGAUUCAGCUUUCUUUCAUUAUCUGCAGCUUGACCACCAACAAUGGCUUCUUCUCCUCAGUUUUUCAAAAUCCUUCUGCACAGAAACCUCGAAGAUAAAAAACUGAUGAUUCCGAAGAAGUUCGUGAAGAAAUACGGUAAGCUCUUGUCAAGUGCCGUAAUUCUAAAGCUUCCCGAUGGAAUGAAAUGGAAAGUGGGUCUGACAAUGGCUGCUAAUGGCGCCGUUUGGCUGCAAAAGGGGUGGCAUAAAUUUGCCAACCACUACCGUUUGGAGUUUGGGUCUCUGCUGGUUUUUAGAUUGGAGGGCAGAAGUUCGAGCUUUGAAGUAACCAUAUUCGACCCAACUGGAUUGGAAUCCGAAUAUUCUUCUCUCCAUGUUUGUGAUUCUAUAACAGAAUCUGAAGAGGACGAUGACUCUGUUUCUGAUUCAGAUGAAGAAGACUAUGAAAUUGGGGUUUCAAGGAGAAGACGAAAAUCAGCAACAGAGAAACCUGGCUUCCAAGUUGUGUUGAACCAAUCAAACGUAUGCGGUAGAUACAACAUGGUUUUUCCUGCGAAAUUUGCAAGGAGUUAUUUAUGUGAGAAAUCUGGAAAUUUUAACGUUCAAACUGCAAAUGGUAGAAAAUGGCCACUUUUGUAUAAAUGGAGUGGAAGUGUAGAUAAAUUUGCAUACGUUUCCAGUGGGUGGAAGCGUUUUGUACAGGAAAAUCUGUUGAAAGAAGGCGAUGUUGUGUUCUUCGAAAUGAUUAAGAAAGGAAGAUUUUUGUUCACCAAAUUACAAGAUAAGAACACUGCAUCAACCAGAAAUCCCUUCUUCAAAGUGGAUAUUCAUUACAAAAGCUACAAGAACAGAAUCUUGAACAUUCCCAUGGCGUUUGGUAAGGAGCAUUUUUCACCAGAAAUGAAAUCUGUAAAGCUUCAAACUGGGAAUAAGGAAUGGAUGGUAACAUUAAAGCAGUAUGAAGGAUGUAUGAGAUUCUCAGGUGGUUGGAGGAAAUUUUACGGUGAAAAUGGGUUGAAUGAUGGAGACACCUGCUUGUUUGAAAUGGUGAGCAAACAAAACUGCGUUUUUAAAGUGACCAUUUUCAAGCAACCUUAAUGAACUGAAAAAAAAAAAAAACCCUUUUAUUUUGGUCUGUGUCUUUAUUAUCUGUUGGAUGUUCUUCAAUUCUCUUAAAAACUGCCAUUGACAAUCAGAGGCAAGCUGUGUUUGUCCUUUCGUGUUCUUUAGUGGAAAUAUGCCUUUCUGGGGACGAAUCUGACAUGCUGAUGUUUAAAGGCCUUGUGCUUUUCUUAUGAUCUCUCAUGUUUCUUUUUAAACAAUUUUUUUUUUUUCUGUCUUGUUGGUAUGUUCUUAUGGAGAUUCUAUGGUUUUGAUUA